UCACUCAUUUGCUUAUUUCACAUGUUGUGAUUUAUGUACUUGCGUGUAAUGUAAUUUUUACUUUUUAGGUACUACUUACUAUACAUACUUAUUUAUACUCUUUGGGUUCUACUGUUUGCAGAAUUUUUGUGCUAGAGAAUACAAGCCACAUAUAAAGAUGUCCAGUAGAAAUGUACGCAAAGUAUUUGGUGAUAAUCGUCUGCCAGAGCCCUGUGAUGAUUCUGAUGAUGAUUAUGAACCCCUAUAUGCAAAGAAUACAGCUUCUAAGUUCACUUAUGAAGGGCUUGAGUUGAGCUCUCACUCUGAAAAAGAGCAGGAGCCCUCAGAAUCGGAAUCAGUUGAAGAGGUUGAACCCCAGCCGGAAACAAGCAAGAAGAAAAAUAAACGAAAAAAGAAAAAACAAAAGAAGGCUAAAGAGGCAGUUAAAAAUGAAGAUGGAGAGGAUGAAAUAGACAAGUCCCUAAAGGAAAUCAAUGCGUUGAUGGGCGCUCCGCCGACCGCCGCGCCGGCCGCGUCGCAGCCGCUGCCGCCGCAGGUGCUCAUCCCCGACGUGUUGCUGGUGCAGCAGAAACACUUGAAUGUCGCCAAUGAAAUGAAAAAAAUGUUCGGAGCUGAACGUACUGAGGAAAGAAACAAACGGGGUAACCGUCAGGCACAACUCCGAAUUCAAAAGAAAACUAUCAUUGUACCAUCAGUCGAAUACACAGCCGAUUUCAAGAAAUUUGGGCUAUCUAUGUCGAUGACGCGCAACGAGGACGGGUGCGCGCACUUCACGUUCGACCACAGCAAGGAGUACCGGCACAUGCACCAGCGGCUGCUGCACCUGGCCUCCGUGGGCCGCCGCCAGGGCUGGCCGCAGGCCGCCAUCGAGGAGGCGCAGCGCCAUAUGCACGUCGAAGCCAUGCUUGAGAGUGCAGACAUGUUGUUCCAAAUAGAAGAAUACACCGCAGCCAACACCCUGGUCGAGCGCGCUAUAGCCUACAUGCAGUAUGUUGCUCAUCCCUCAUUUCAGCUAGCAGAUCCCAGAACGCGGCUGCUAUACACAUAUAUGGAAAACAGGACAUUCCAUGUCGCUGUAUUAAAAUAUAUCCACUUGCUGACAAAUCGAGCUUGCCACCGCACUGCUUUAGAACUAGCUAAACUGCUACUGAAUCUCGACCCCUCGGACCCGUUAGCGGUGUUGCUGGUCAUCGACACGCUGGCGCUCCGGGCGCGCGAGCAUCAGUGGCUGAUCGACGCCGUCGACCACUGGGCCAAGGAGAGGGAUGCCGGGUUCCUCUUUAGCAUACAGUACUCGUAUGCUAUGGCGCAUUUCCAUGUUGCUACUAAAAAUAAAGAGGACACGAGCAAGGCGGAUGAGCUGCUGCAAGCAGCCAUGCUGCGGUUCCCGGCGGUGGUGCUGCGGCUGCUGGAGUGCGCGUCCGUGCCGCCCGGCGCGCGCCUGCAGGCCUGCGCGCUCUUCACGUGCAUAGCCGAAACCAAAAUCACGAAGAAUCUAAAGGAGUUGAUACUGUUGUAUGCGAAACUGACAUGGUCCAAGUGGCGCGAGCCGGCCGUGUUCGACUGGCUGCAGCGCAACGCCAACGAGCUCUCCGAGAAAUACGACCGGGACCCCGCCACGCAGGAGCGAGCCAAGGCGCUGGCCAACGAGCAGCUGAACCUGUUCCGGAGCUGGCCCGACGAGGUCAUCCGCCAUCUGUGCGUCAUCAAACCCAUGGCCAACCUCCUCGUUGACGGGGCGGUGCCGCAAGUGACGAACCUGGUGUCGGCGGACCCGUCGCCGCCGCUGCACGGCAUCAACCGCUACGGCUACACGUUCGGGCCGCCGGCCGCCAGCUCGGCGCACUCCGACCUGCGCCUACUGUUCGCCGCCCUGCUGCCCACGUACGCUGACUUCGCGCCGCAGCACCCGGAGAUUGACGAGAACAAGGAAGCUGGCGACGAAGGACAUGGAGAAAACGACGUAGUAGAUGCAGGGAUCAAGUUGUCUUCGGCUGUAGUACAUUGUUCGAUGGGAGCCCGCCUGCUCAGCUCCGCAUCGCCGCUGGUUCGCAUGCUGUGGCACCCAGCAGCGGCUCCAGGUGCGCCCCGACGAUCGCCCUCGGGAAGCGGCACUUCUGCGGCUGUAACAAAUUGUUCGAUGGGAGCCCGCCUGCUCAACUCCGCAUCGCCGUUGGAUCGCAUGCUGUGGCAUCCAGAAACGGCUCCAGAUGCGCCCCGACGAUUGCCCUCAGGUAGCGGCCCCGAACCUAUUCUUUCUCUCUACCUGAGGAACGUCCUGUGCCUCCACGAAAAUGCCGCCACAGUGGUGUAUCAUAUAUUCAUAAUGAUGUGUUAUACUAUGCCAUUUGUAGGAGCUAUUUUAGCAGAUAACUUCCUAGGAAGAUACAAAGUAAUACUUUACUUCUCCAUCAUUUAUUUCUUCGGUACCGCACUCACAUGUUGUUCAUCUAUACCUCUGCUCAAGCUACCAGCUACUACGACGUCCAUGAUUGGCCUCGCGCUGAUUGCUACGGGCACGGGCUGCGUGAAGCCCUGUGUUGCGGCCUUCGGUGGGGAGCAGUUCCGGCUGCCCGAAGAGGAGCGUCUGCUGCAGCGGUUCUUCUCGACGUUCUACUGCACCGUGAACCUGGGCGGGUUCAUCGGUAUGGUGCUGACGCCGGCGCUGCGCCGCGGCGUCAUGUGCUUCGGCGAUGACACCUGCUACGCGCUCGGCUUCGGCUUCCCCACCCUCCUCGUGUUUCUCUCUAUCUUUAUCUUUGCCGCGGGAAGAGGCUGGUACAGAAUAAAACAGCCCCGCGAAAACGUAACAUUGAAAUUCGUCUCGUGCGCGUGGUAUGCCGCGAAGAUGCGAUUUCGAGAGGCCGGUGCGCCGCCCGCACAUUGGCUUGACUAUUCUAUAAACAAGUAUGGAAGCAAGCUUGUCGCGGACAUGAAGAUAGUCUUCUCUAUCUUGUAUUUGUACCUGCCAGUGCCCAUCUUUUGGUCUCUAUUUGAUCAACAGGGUUCUCGCUGGACGUUCCAAGCGUCACGCCUGCGCGGCGAGUUGUUCGGGGUGACGCUGAUGCCGGACCAGCUGCAGGUGCUGAACCCGGCGCUGGUGCUGCUGCUCAUCCCCGCGUGCCCCGGCGGCGCGUGCCCGCUGCUGCCCGACAUGCCGCCGCUCACCAAGAUGUUCGUUGGCGGCAUGCUGGCCUCCAUGGCUUUCUUUGCGGCCGGCAUACUCCAAGUGGGCAUCGAGCGCUCGACGCUGCAGGCGCCGGGGCGGCACCAGUCGGGGCUAGUGGUGCUGAGCACGCUGAGGUGUCCGGUGGAGCUGACGGUCCGCGACGCGGUGGGCGUGCUGCUGCCGGCGCGAGGCAGCGCGCUGCUGGCGCCGCUGCCGCACGCGGAGCUCGCGUUGCACGCCGCCUGUCCGCGCUCCUGCGACGGCCGCCACAUGCGCCGGCACGAACUCACCACUAGCAUCAAAACUGUUGCAGGACUUUUCAUGCCAGUCGUGAUUGGACAAGAUUCAGAUGACCACAUAUCGUUUCAUUUUAUGGACCCUAAUGCAUUCUCCAAAUCAAUAUCUGGGAAACCUAAACUUAAAGUGUUAUAUGUGGGUGAGACGGCGCCGAAUAAGAACGUGUCUAUAUCGAUUGAGUCCGACAAGCAGUUGAUGGACAUCUAUUACGUGUCCGACUCACCCAUCAACAAUAUCAGCGAGUCGGCGUACAUGCAUCUGGUGCCGGGCAGGUACAGAUGGGGCGCGGAGCACGCGGGCGGGCAGCUGGGCGCGGGCGCGGGCACGCUGCACGCGGGCGGGGUGUACGUGCUGAGCGCGCGCGCGCGCCGCGGCCGCCUCGACAGCGUGCAGCUGCACGCGCCCAACCCGCCCAACGAGCUGCACCUCGCUUGGCUGCUGCCCCAGUACCUGCUUAUCUCCUGCGCCGAGAUCUUGUUCGCUGUCUCCGGGCUGGAGUUUUCAUUCACACAGGCACCGAAGAGCAUGAAAACGAUAACUAUAGCGGCUUGGUACAUGUCGGUGGCCGUGGGUAAUUUUAUCGUUAUACUGGUGGCUCAAGCUAAAAUAUUUGAAUCCAGGGCUACCGAGUUCUUCGUAUACGCUACCAUCCUGGCGAUAGCGAUGCUCGGCUUCCUCAAGAUGGCGCAGGGCUACCAGCCCCGUAGCAUCGACGACGAUGACUACUCGUCGGCUGAGAGUAUCCCACUGUUACUUGGGUUGUCUAAGGUGAUAUCAGUGCGUUCGGCAGCCACGUCGAGCACGUUCACCGGCGCGACGGGCGCGACGAGCGCGGCGUCGUGCCUGGGGCGCAUGGAGCGCGCGCGGUCCGGGGCCUGGCCGUCGCGCGCGCGCGUGCACCUCGCCACGCCCACCGACAGCGACGCGCCUGCUACCACGCUGGCUAAGAAUUAACUGACUUCAGGCCUUCGUCGAUCUGGGUUUUUAUUUUUUAUUGUUGAUAUUCGAGCAAGUGACGUAGAGAAACGUAAAGAAAAUAAAAGUCAGAUCAGAUUACCAUUUACCUAUACAUGUAAGUAGAUAGAUAAGGUCUUUCAGCAAAAUAAAAAAUGUACC